AUGACAACACUCAUCAUCAGGAGCGUCAUAACAACAAGAACCGUUCAUUUCUUCCCACUACUAAUGGCACUAGUUUUACUUAGAAGAUCGUGUUCCAAUGCAUUCGUCGUUGUCAAUCAGGUGCCACCAAAAUUCGUUUCGCGUCGAUUAUUGCCACCACCACGACUAAUAACGAUACGGCAUGCCAGUGUCACGGGCGGUGUGUAUCAAGAAACAGACGACAGUAGUAGUCCGACGGUGACCCUCUUUACCAAGGAAGGAUGUACGUUAUGUGACAAAGUCAAGGAUGUGCUCCAAGAAGUGCGGGAGGAACUGCCACACAGCUUGGACCAAGUCGAUAUCACGGAUGAACAACACGCAAACUGGUUUGGAAAAUACAAGUACGAUAUUCCCGUCCUUCAUUUGAAUGGACAAUACUGGCUGAAGCAUCGUACCACAAACGAAGAAGCUCUGGAGGGAUUACAAGAGGCGCGAGAUGGGACCUUUCAAGCCAAACCUGGAGAACCCAAUGCGGAAGCCAUGGAACGGAACUAG